AUGUCAGGGAUGAUGUGCCAGCACCAAACCCAUACCUCCGGAACUACGAUUCCCCUCAAAAUGGACCCGAUUGAGCUCAUGGAUUGGAUCGAGGAAGAUGAUGACUUACUUGCUUCGCUCCAGACAACGGUUUUUUUGCUCAUCAAACGUAAAACUCAAGAAAUCAAGCAAGGUGGAUCGUUCAAGUUGCGGGUGUUGGUGUCUGGAGAGUUGUGGAAGCUGCCAAAGCUGGCAGCCUAUGGCGGGUUUGAUCAACCCCCGCAAACUUUGGCGGCUCAUUCAGCAGGUCCGCUGGAGGCCAAAGAAGCCUUCCAGGCCGCCAAAGUUGGUCCAAGGUCGCGCAACAGCGGCUCCGUUAGAGAUGCUCUAAGGAUGGUAAUUGGGCCGGGUGUCCAACAGGCCGCCCGAACCCGACCGGGUUUGGGCCGGGUUCAGGCCAGGCUUUUCAUGGAAUUUUUUACUUAG